AUGCCACACUUGAGCUGCUGGGACUUGUUUCUUUCUGAGUACUUGAUACUUCAAAAUGUUCAGUGUGCCUUCUGCACAAACAAUGACAAUCAGUUGCUGCUUGUAAGUUGUAUCUGGGACUACUUGGGAGUCCAGUUCUCAGAUGUAACAGAGAUUCAAGGUGAGUGCUCAGGAACUACCUUUCACAUGUCAUCAUCAGCUGAAAAAGAAGACAUCAAGGAUGCCAUUGAAAACUGUGAGGUGCAGGAUAAAUAUAUUUUAGAAACUACCAACUUGAUAGAAAAAACAGCACAUGAAAAUCAGACUGACAAAGCAGAAAUUUCACAUCAGGAAGCCCUAGCAGAAAAUGGGGAAUCGCACAGUGCUGACAAGCAGUUAAGCCCAAAACCUUGGGAAGAAAGAUAUGAAAGACUGUGGGUUGAAAAUGAGAAAAGGGAAUUGAAAACAAAUUUUAAAAACAUUACAGCAGAACUGAAGCAGCUGUUUGGGGAAAUUAAUGAAACUGGGAAAACUACCUCCCUUGUGGAAGAAAUGUCAGAAGAUGGCUUCAGAGAAGAAUUAAAGAGUUCUCGUGUUGUUUCAUCUUGUGCGACAGAAUCAAGUAGUAAGCUAGAAAGUAAAGCUAAAUUUGGAGAUAUUAAACCUAUGCUAGGUGGAAAAGAACCCAAAAUAAUUCCGAGUCUUUGUGUUCUUCCUGAUCAAAAUAACUUAAAUGCAAACGCAGAAGGUACCUGGAGUACAGAUGAAGAUGACAGCACAAACAAUACAGAUAAUACAAAGGUGCCUUUAGCCAAUGGAGGGGAAAAGAAAAUGUCUACUAUGGAAAUGGAAAAGAAUGAAAAUGGAAGUAGUAGAAAUGUAGAGGGAAGUCCUGAAUGCUCCCUGAGACAUAGCUUAAAAACAAGUAUUUUGGAUGAAGUUUCUAAUAUUAUUCCUAAAAUAAGACCUGUUUCUACAAGUGAUGAAAAUGCACUUUUUCUAACAGAAAGGAAACUUGGAAAAGACUCUGGAUUUAAUGAUGGUGUUCCCAGAGACUACCUUAUUGACAAUAAUAAAAUAGGAGGAACAGAUACUGACAGUCUUUUCGCAAAUGCUCAGCAAUCAUGUGGCAUGCUGAGAAGGAAUCUUGAUGAAGAACUAAAACAAGAUAUGGAAAGAUUUAAGAGUAAGGUAGGAAUGCUGCAAAUAGUAUUCCUCGCUUUGGAGAAAGAGAAGGUGCAGCUGCAAAAAGAGGUUGAGAAGGAAAAAAACAAAGAUGGAUGUUUCAAAACACAGGCCAUGGCAAAACAGGAAGAACUUGAUAAAUUAAAUACACCAGCAGGCAACGUUACUAAUCAGCAAAUGAAACAAAAGCUUACUGUAAGGAAGAAUGAUUGUUUGAAAAUGGAGAAUGAAAGCACUAUAGAAGAAAAAGACAAAAAGAAUUUCUCAUCUGAGGAGAGAUCAAAAUUGAUUCAAAUACCAAUAAAAGGUAAAUUUGCCCUGAAUGCCAAAGUUGCAAAGAAAAAUAAAAGACAGACUUCAAAGCAGAAAGUUAAUCAGCAGAUGAGCUCUUCCAGUGGGAAUAAGUUUCAAGUACUGGAUGAUAGCACUUUCAGUGAAACAUCUCAAGAUGAAGGAAGACCUGCAGCAAAAACAGGGAGUGAAAAGAGCAAGGUCAGCGUACAAACCGAUGACCUUGAUUUAACUCACUCAUCUGACACAACUUCAGAGGAUGUUGAAUUACCAAUUUCAACCUACAAAGAGGCUAUGUUGCUGUUAGAACAACUUAGUGUGGAUCAUACGGAUUCUGCUGUUCUGUUGAAAAUUCGAAACAUACUUCUUGAAUAUGAACAGAUAAUAGAACGUGAAAAAAAUCGGUAUACAGCUGUCUGGAGAGAAGUAAGGAAAUUGGAAAGUGAAAAGAAGGAGUCACAAUUAAUAGAAGAGACUCAUGAUUUGAAAUCCAUAUUGGCUCACCAAGAAGUGGAAUGGAAAAGUGAUAUACAAAACCUUAAAUUUACUUUGCAACAAGAAGAGGAAAAGAGGCUCAGAGCAGAAACACUAUAUGAGAAAACAAAAGAAAAACUCAGAAAGAAAGAAGAUCAAUAUUGUAAAGAGAUGGAGGAGAAACAGCAACUUGAGUUACACUCAAGGAAUUCAGAAAUGGAGUUAAUAACAUUGAGAAAGCUCUUGAAACAGGUUGAAGAAGAGCGUGAUGAAACGCAGAGGCAGCUCUCUCAGGAAAAGAGUGCCAGAGCCCUGCAAGAAGGAAUUUUGAACAACCACCUUUGGAGAGAGAAGGAACUAGAAGAAGAGACAAGAAGAACUAUAGGAAAAAAUUCAGAGGAAUCUGACACUGAGAGAGAAAAGGAUCUAUUGUUCAAAAAUCAGUUAUUACAAGAUGAGAUUGCUAUGCUGAGACUAGAACUUGAUCAAGUAAGACUUAGGCACCAGGAGGAAGAAGGAAAAUAUUUAGAGGAAAAUGAGACCUUGAAAGAAAAAAAUGAAGACCUCAAAAAGGAACUUAAACUGAACGAGGAAGCCUUAACGCAAACAGUUUUUCAGUACAAUGGACAGCUGAACUUAUUAAAGACAGAAUCUGCAGUGCUAACUUCCAAGCUUGAGCAGACAAAAGAAAGCAAAGACAGACUGGAGACAGAAAUUGAAUCAUUUCGUUCCCGCCUGAACACUACUGUUCAAGAACUUGAACGUCAUCAGUCAUCAAAAAGUGAUGUCGAACGAACAUUUCAGAGAGAACGUGAUGAGUGGCUUCGCUUGCAAGACAAGCUCCAUCAUGACCUCUCUGAUGUGCAAGAAACCAACAAGAUCUUGUCUCAGCAGCUGAGCAAAGCUGAAAGCAAAGCUAAUAGUCUAGAAAAUGAGCUUCACCAGUUGAAACAAAUGCUCAGAGAAAAAACAUUGCUUUUAGAAAUGACACAAAAAGAAUUAAGUCAAGCCCAGUGUCAGGCAAAGGAAUGUGAUCAUGCUCGACAACUUGAGAAAGAUCAAGUAAGCAAAUUUAUAAUAAAGCAGGAAUCAAUGCAGGAACGAUUGGCCCAGCUCCAGAGUGAAAACCUUUUGCUCCGUCAGCAACUGGAAGAUGUGCAGAACAAGGGGAUCAUUAAAGAAAAAGUAGUGAAUGAUGUGCAGGACCGGUUUAAUGAUAUUUUCAACAAACUCAGAGCUGAUACCGAAAAGCAAGUUUACCUAGUGGAAGAGAGAAACAAGGAAUUAAAUGCCAAAUGUACUGAUUUAAGAGAACAAAUCUUUAAAUACGAGACUGACAAAGUAGAAAGAGAGGGCAUGGUCAGACAGCUGCAGCAGGAGCUUGCCGAUGCGCUUAAAAAGCAAUCUAUGUCCGAAGCUUCACUUGAAGUUACUACACGCUACCGCAGUGACCUGGAGGAAGAAAAAUUGCACUUGCAAAAAGAAUUGGAAAAGGUUAAAACCAAGUUGCGGGAGUUGGAAGAACAGCAUCUUCAGUCUGAGCAUUGUGUUCAUGACUUGAAGACUGCCUUGGAUAAUAAGGAAAGAGAAGUCAUAGCUUCUUCCCAAAAACUGCAGGACCUCCUGUUGGCAUCUUCUGGGACCAAUACUACUAUAAAACAACUGGAAGAACAUGUGCAACACCUUGAAAUUGAAAAUGCCAGAUUGGAAGCCACAGUCCAGCAACAAAGCAAUAGGAUUGAAACCCUUCAGAGGGACCUGCAAGCGUCUGCCUCAGUUCAUAACCGCCUGGAAGACUUGAUAACUGGUUUACAGACAGCACAGGCGGCUAUAGAGGACCACCACCAUCAGCAGCUGCAAAAGCAGAAUGUGCUGGCUCUGACAUCAAAGGACUCGCGCAGCAUGUGGGAAGAGCAACUGAAGUCAAGAUCCCACCUUGAAGAGCGUGUUGCUCAACUUGACAGGGAAAAGGCUGAACUCUCGGAACAGUGUGAGAAUGAAAGAAAGAAAGUGAAGAAGCUGGUAGAGUUGAAACGCUCAGUUGAACUGCAUCUGGACCAAGAAAUGAAAAGAAAUAUCGAACUGCAGAAAGACUGUAAGAGGUUGAAGAGGCUUCUAAACAGAGCUAUGAAGAAACUAAGGGUGUAUGAGGGGAGAGAGAGAGAGUCCCAGCUUAAUUUGCAGGGAGAAAUGAAGAACAGAUAUUCUGAAAUGGUCAGUGAAGUUGGUAGAUUAAGAACAAAGAUUGGUGAACUUUCCCAGCAGCUGGAGAUAGAGUCUAAAAAAUGCAUGCAGCUAGAAGCACAAAAUCAGGAUUUGCGAGAAGAGUUGUCCACCAUGCGUGGGAACCAUGAAAAACUGGAGAAGAGCAAAUGCCAGCUGAAAGAAGAAGUGGCUAACCUCAAACAUCGCUUGGAGACUAACAUGGUGGAUCACAAUCAAAUAGAACAAUAUAAAAGAGAGAUGGAAGAACGAGCCGGACAAGAAAUAAGACAAAAGCUACAAGAAGUUAAUCUAUUUUUGCAGACACAGGCAGCCUCCCAGGACAGAUUAGAACAAAUCAGAGCCAGUCAUCAUGCUUCACUGAGAAACCAGCUAAAACACAGAAUUAGAGAUCUGGAAUGUGAAUUGGGCAGGAUAAAAAAUACUCAACAAGACAGUAUUUUUCAAAAAGGAUCCACUCAGGCAGAAGUGGAAAGGUACAAAGAGCUGUAUCUGGAGGAAGUAAAAAUUAGAAGAUGCUUAGCAAAUAAACUGGAAAGAGCUAAUGAGAGACUAGCAGAAGCCAACGCUAAGCUCCUUCAGGAGCGCCAUAGAAGCAAAUCUUUAAUCGCAAGCAGCAUUGUCAGUGGAGGUCUGGCUGCAAGUCCAGUUCUGUAUUCAACUGAACUGGGACAUCUUGGCAACAAUUUGGCACUGAACAGAAGUCUAAGUCUUGGAGGAAGCUUCCUAAGCCCAGCCAGGAGCGCAUUAUCAUCAAGAAGCAGGGUUGAAGCCUAUGUGGCUAAGGUACGGCAGGAACUGGAUGAAAAAAUCACUAAAGAACUUGAACUGG